UUAGAGUUUGACAAUCAAAAUUGAACUGUAUAUAAAAUUAAUUUAUAUUCGUAGUUUUCGUCUUCUCCAUCGUUUUUUUUUCUUGUUCUUUUUUUGUGGAGAGUAAUUCUGAUUUGUACAUUAAUUGGAAAUGGCAACGUCAGCAGCGUGGAUCAGAAGCAAUAUGCUGCAUACCGACGAUAAAUGUAACAGAAAAUUAACGGAAGCGGAAUUGAAGGUCCAACGAUCUCUUCAAAGGCUGUCAAUUCCGGAUUGGUACUUAAACAAACACACGAGUCCACCGAAAAUAUUAAGCACCAAGCCAUUUGAAUUUCGUUCGUCACCCUGGAAAAAUUCUUCAUUUCAAAGAAAAUAUACAUUAAAUUCACCGUCUUCUAGUUUAUCAGAUGUUGAAAAAAAUCUGAACGAGAAGGUUCCAAAGGUGGCAUCACCAGCAACAACGCCUAUGAAGAAAGAUACGCGUCAUCAGGAGAAAUUGUCGGCAACUAGCCGUAAGCGGCACGCAUCGAAAGAAGAAAUAUUCGACAUAGACAUUCCAAUAACGAAGUAUCCUAAAAGAAUUAGCAAAACAUUUCCCAAAAUGUCGCUUUCGAGAAAAAUCCCGAAUAUAAAUCUCGUUUUACCACCCGGGCCGAAGAUCAACUUUUCAAAGGAGAAUAUCUAUUUGGAUGACGGCGAUAACCUUUUCACGCGAAGAUUAAAGAACUUACAGAGGCAGAUAAAGAAUUUGAAACAAAAUGACGUGACUGAACGAAGCGCACAAAGUGACGAGUUCGACGACAGUAUUUAUUUGGAUGACAGCGGUGACAAACUUAUCACGAGAAGAUUGAAGAACUUACAGAGGCAGAUGAAGAAUUUGAAACAAAAUGACGUGACUGAACGAAUCGUACAAAGUGAAGAGUUCGAAAGUAUCUAUUCGGAUGACAGCGGUGACAACCGUUUCACGAGAAGAUUGAAGAACUCACAGAGAAACGAUAAUGUCUUUAAAGUUCCCGAAGUACCGACAACCUCUGUAAAAUCGGCAGAUACCGGGUUUAACAUUCGCGCCACUUCUACGCCAAAGUCAUUUGGCGUGUUAACAGUGAUAGGAGAUGCAAAAAUGAAGAGAGGUCUUUGUAAUCUCGCUACAAAGGAAUCCUCUACAUUUGAACACGAUUCUAUGAACAGGGCGAUGAAUUUGUUGAACACAGCUAAGAAUAUCCAAAAGUCUAGGAAAUUGUCUCCGAAUAUUUUAGAAAAGACGUCCAUCUUCGAAAGUAAUUCAAGCUUGAAUAGUUUUGAUCAAAGUUACACGAGAACUUCGUCCGACAACCUGCUGCUGGAAAGGAACAUCCGAUCGAUCGACUCAGUUCGUACAAAGGUGGAGAAAUUGUCAACGAGAGAUAUUCGAUCAGUCCGAGGAAAGACGUUCAUCUUCAAAAGUAACUCAAGUAUAGACAGUUCGGAUCAAAAUAACGCAGGAACUUCGUCCAACAAAUUUCUAUUACGGAAGAAUAUUCGAUCGGUCGAGUCAGUACGAGCAAAGGCGACCAUCUUCGAAAGGAACUCAAGGAUGGAUAGUUUUGAUCAAAGUUACAUGAAACCUUCAUCUAGCAAAUGGAAACCGUUAUCAACGAAGAAUAUUCAGUCAAUCGACUCGGCUCGAGGACACAGUUCAAGCACGAACAAUUUCGAUCAAAGUUACGGCGGAAUUUCAUUAGAAAGUUCGAACUUUCAAUCAGAUGACUCGACGCGAAACGAUUUGAUUAUACCAACAAAACAUCCUUCCCUGAUUCACGAGUUAGCGAAGCAGCUGAAGGAACCUCGUACACCAAGGAAAGAGGCUGUGAGAAGCGAGGUGAAAAUUGCCCCAAGAUUCGACACCGUCGCGAGUUCGGUCGAAGGAAAAAUACUGAACGUUGACAAGAAAUUGCCAAGCAUCCAUUCUUCUUCUCAAGAAAAGAAAAGAAACUGGAAUGGACAAUGGUCGUACAGCAAGUUCCUAUGUUUGGGGAGGAAGUCUCCGGCUUCAAAGAGCAAGCAACCGAAUCGCGAGGAGAAUGCGAUUCAGGGAAUUAUUCAAAGCUUUAACGAGAAAUUGAAGAUAUCGGAAUCGCGUCGAGGUAAGAGCUCCGAUCUCAAUCAGAAUUUCGUGAGGCAGCUGGUGAACGCCUUGGAAAGAGGAGACAUCUCUGCGAUGAAGAAGAUAACGCAUCGAGACGAAGGAGAGGAAGACAGCAGCAGCGAGUCAGGGAUGAAAUCUUAUUCAAUCUCCCUCGAGGACACGGAUUUUAGCAGCUGUUACAAUCAAGAAUCAGCGAGUGAGAAUUGCGACGAGCAAAGAUCCGACACUGAAAGCCUACCAACAGCUAUGGAAAACCUAACGGUGGAAAUCGAAGAGGAGGAAGACGAUUCUGUUUACUGGAUACCGAUAUCAACGCGCAAGCUACCAAGAAGCAGUUCCUUGUUGAGCGUGAUCUCCAAGGUGUCAAGCAAUGGUUACUCGCCUUGUAUCAGUCCAAUCAGAGGCGACGACGAGAUAGAAUUUUUACAACAGGUAACGGGCGAAACCACGCCAGAGCAGAACGCCGCUAAGAAGAUCAGGAUGAACGAAACCGUAGUGAUCGAUUCAGGUUAUUCUGAUAAAUCUGAGAGGUCUGUGGUCAAUUCCGUGCCAUCAGUUGCGGAUAAUAUCUGGUGUGACGAUGCGUUUUUAAAUUUUAAGCCUGAACGUACAUCUCCUAGGCGGAAAUGGUCUCCGAAACCGAUAUCGAUUGCCGGACGUAUUUAUUGUACUCAGUAUUAG